AUGUUAAUUCCUCUUUGCAACCCUUCUCUUUCGCUUCAUUCAGCUUCAAUUCAUGGAAAACCUAACAAGACUAUCGUCUCAAUCACGAACUCUGCAUCUUCCGGCAACAGAAUAAGCACCCAGCGAAGAACUAUCUCAGCAUUCGAAGCUCGAAUCUCUCUAAUCUUCGCUCUCGCUUCCCAAUCCACCUCUCUCUCGCAGCGACUUGUUGCCGAUUUUGCUACCGACACUGCAAAAUACUUGUUUCCUAAAAGAUUUGAAAGCCAAACUCUCGAAGAAGCGUUGAUGACCGUUCCGGAUCUCGAGACUAUCAAGUUCAAAGUUCUGAGUAGAAGGGACCGGUAUGAGAUUAGGGAAAUUGAGCCUUACUUUGUAGCAGAGGCUACAAUGCCUGGGAAGAACGGGUUUGAUUUCAGCGGUGCUUCUCAGUCAUUUAACGUUCUUGCUGAAUACCUUUUUGGUAAGAAUACAACGAAGGAAAAAAUGGAAAUGACUACACCCGUUUUUACCAGUAAGAAUCAAUCGGAUGGGGUUAAAAUGGAUAUGACAACUCCUGUGUUAACAACAAAGACGGGAGAUCAAGAUAAAUGGAAAAUGUCUUUUGUCAUGCCUUCAAAGUAUGGUUCUAAUUUGCCACUGCCAAAAGAUUCCUCUGUGACAAUUAAAGAAGUGGCUAGAAAAAUAGUUGCUGUAGUUGCCUUUUCAGGUUUUGUAAAUGAUGAAGAAGUUAAGCGGCGUGAACUGAAACUGAGAGAAGCUUUGAAAACUGAUGGACAGUUCAAAAUUAAAGAGGGAACUUCAGUAGAAAUUGCACAGUACAAUCCCCCAUUUGCUCUUCCAUUUCAACGCCGUAACGAGGUUGCAUUGGAAGUGGAGUGGAAAAAUCAGUAG